AUUGGCGGCACGCCGCUUCACCAUGUGGCUCUUGGAAAGCGAAGGCGCAUUUGCUGGCCGUCGGCUUUGGCUUCGACCAGGCAAGUCCUAUCUCUUUGGCAGAACAUCGGCCGAACCUGGCCAAUUGUCCAUCUCGCAUAAUACCAUCUCCCGCAAACACCUGACCAUUACCAUCGACACCGUUAAAGACACACAAGUACACAACCCCACGAGUCGACCGACAGUCACCAUUGAGGAUCUGGCCACAAAGAUAGGAACAGUGGCCAAUGGGACUCGGUUUAAAGGUAGCAAAUAUGUUGUUGACAAGGACGAUUCUGUGGAAAUCACUAUGGGAAAAUGCCCCAGUAUCUUCCGCCUGUCUUACCAUCCCGUAGCAUUUACGUUCUCUUUUACCAGCAAAGAACUACAAAACGACCCUCUAACUCCCCUCCGUCAACGAUUCGAAUCUGUUGAUGUCAAACUAUUGGUUGAAUACGCCAUUGAUCAUACAACACAUGUCGUAUCGAAGAAGCGAAAUACUGCCAAAGGCUUGCAGGCUUUGAUCAAUGGCAAAUACAUUGUAAACGAAGCAUAUUUGGACGCCAUUGCAGCGGUUUCAGAAUCAAGACUGCUUGAAAAUGGAGCGCAUGGUUGUCCUCUUGAGGAAGAUUUCGACAAGAACUGGCCAGAUCCCGCUGCAUAUCUUCCUGCCAAGGGGGCUGAGCCAGUUGACCACCCCGACUCGAUAUAUGCUCCAGACAGUGGUCGUCGAGAAAUCUUUGAGGGCUACAGCUUUGUGUUUUACGACUCGAAUCAGUAUAACAACUUAAUCGCUCCCAUUACAAAUGGUGGAGGCAAGGCGCUGCUGGAACAUAUUGUCCCUGGGGAAACUACAGUAGACGACUUUGUUCGCCGUGUCAAGUUUGUGGCAGGCGAAAAGGGCUUGGGAAGCUUUGACGAUGGAAGCGAAGGCCGUGGCGUCGUUCUGGUUCGAUAUCUUCCUGCCAAAGGCAACCACAUUCAAUGGUUUGCCGAUUUCUUUACACAAAUGUCUCUCCAGUUGGACCACCGACCUAUUGAGCAGAAUGAGUUUCUGGAAGCGAUUUUGAUAAAGGACGCUAGCAUGCUUCGACGCCCCUUGGAGGUAGAAAACGGCGGGGACGAGAAUCAACCACCACCACCACCAGCAGCUAGCUCGCAAGCAGCGUCCCAGACUCCUGCGAGUGAAGACACAUCCAGCAACAGUGUGCCUGCUACUCGGCGAAUACACCGUCGUGGCCCUGUGAAACGACGAUUUGUUGGGUUUGAUGAAGAUGUUGACAUUAGCAUGGAUGACACAGCUAUUCUCGCAGCAGCACCUACACUUGGCGCUGCUGCUGCUGCUGAAGAGGGCUUGUUUGUCUCACAAGAAGUCCAACACGAUGAGUCGAUACAGGAAGAACUUCGGACAUCCCCAAGAAAGCGCAAUGCCACGGCUUUGGAAGAGGAAGACGAACUAAUGGAAGACGUUGCGCCUGCUGCGGCAAGACUGAAACGCCAGCGUCUUGCCCGAGGAGAAACCCUUGAACCAGCAGCUCCAGAGGAACCAGAAAAGCCAGCGACCAGGGCGGCUCCAAAAAGGAAAAGGAAGGAGCUCGACGUCUUGGCGACUGCGGCUAAGUUACGAGAAGAACAAGAGGCUUUGGCGCGGGCAGAGCAAGAAGAUCUGGCCCAUCUACCGGCUGAUAUCGACUUGGCUGAAAUUCGCCGCUUGAAUAUUGUAGAAGAGCUGGAAAUGCGCCCCAGUGGACAGGCUACACGAACUCGAGAGCAAGAUAUCGCAGACGGCAGAUGGGAUCCCAAAUGGAAUGGCAUUAAGAACUUUAAAAAGUUUCGACGCAGGGGCGAAGUUACUGGCCGACAACCUGUUCGGACCAUUAUAGCCGUGGAAGAAGCCGUUGCUAAGGAGUUUGGCGUUGGAGAUGGCUACUGGCUGGAGGAUGAGGGUGGAGACCAGUCUCGACACAACAGUGUCUCGCAGAAUAGCAACCGCGCGCCGCUGCAAGAAUUGUCACUGACGGCGGAACGUCCUGUACCUGCUACGGAGCCCGUCACCAUCCCUGCAGCUGUUGAAGACGACGAUGUGGUCUUGGCCGAGGACUCACAGCCGCCACGAUCUGGUACAAGAAGUUCGCGCUCAAGGGUCACACAGACACAGUCUCAAGGAAGUAAAAUUAGCGAUAUUUCGUCCGGGCGCCCUAGUCAACAAGCACCAUCGAAGCGGCCGGCUCCAGAGUUGUCGUCGGGUCAGACGAGCAAGAGAGCAAAGACCUUACCCAAGUUUAUGCAGAGCCAAGAUAGCGACGACAGCGAUGAUGAACUUAAGUUUAGGUUUGGAAGGAGAAGAUGAAGAAAAGAAAAGAAUGGAAGGAAUGCAGCUUGUAUUAUAUCACGCCAUGGGUAUAUAUGCUCAUAUUAUUUACAAUACGCCAAACAAGAGGCAAUGAAACAACCUGUAUGACUCUAGUGACCGCAAUCUAAAACAAAAGUAAAACUCCAUCAAAUGCAAAUACACUGACUGUUACAAGCACACAGUGUUUCUAUAUCCUAACUCAUCUUGUUGUUCUUCAUCAUCAACUAGUCCAUCUGAUCAAUCUCGCUGAGUACGUUGGCAUCAGUAGGCUCGUCGACUAACAAGCCAACCAAGCAGGCCGUAAGCAUCGUUUCAUAGUUGACCCAGGGAUGCACUUCGCCAAAAAGUUGGGUUCCGUCACGGCCAGCACCACGCAUCAGUUCGGGGAUACCACCCGGGUGGAACGCAGCGUAGGGCGUAACAUUGUACACCUUGCCGUUGAGAGCCAUCCAGGCGUCUUUGCCCUUGCGCCCCGUCAUGACUUUAAGCAUGGAUGGUGUGACACGAAGAUACGGCGACGACGGGUCGAGGCCGCGGAGGUCGGCAUUGGGACCGGAGAUGCGUGCCCAGUCUAGCGGCGAGUGUCCCGGAUCCAGUGUAACUUGUCGGCUCGGCUUGUUCGGCUUGGAAGAGUGUGUCGGUGGUGGUGCGAGGCCCGCAGGCACAAGACCACCCGAUGGACCGCGGUUUGGAGCUGGACCACGAGCACGCUGCGCUGAGUUGACAGCUGGGAACUGUGCAAGCGUAGGAGGCUUCGGAGGAGGAGGAGGCAUCAUCGACGAAGAUGCAGACGCAGGUGGUUGUGGGUGUGGCCGGGGAGGCGGGAGCAUGGAAGCCGAUGGCUUAUCCGACGAUAUUGUGAAGCUAGGAGGAGGCAUGGCGGAUGCGGGGGCCUUUAAUGCCUUUGGUGUUGUAGGUGAUUCAGAUUCUUCUAUUGUAGGAGUGGGCGGUUGUAUCGGUGAUGGUCGAGGGGGAGGAGGCAUGAGUUCGAUAUCGGGGACGGCUGGCGUUGCCAUCUGCUGGCUCGGUUUAGCUGGCGGCGUCGACGGCGCAACAGCUGGGACACCAUCGUCAUCGUGCGCAGAUGGUUCUGCUAUUGUUGGGAUGUUUGAAUCUCUGCUACUCGAUGCAGAUCGAUCAGCGCUGCCGGCGAUGAGUCUGGAGAACCACGUCGAGAGGCGUCGAGGAAGCCAUGUGGGAGGGCGGAUGACGACGUAGACAACUGAGGCAACGAGUAGAGAGAUGCCUAUAAGAGCCAUCUUUGCUGCUUAUAGAGGCAGGGCUAGCGUAUGCAGCAGACGCAGCAGAAGGAUGGCGCUGCUCGGGCUGCCUUGUGUAUGUCAGAUGCUGGCGGAAAGGCUACGUUUGUCAGCUGCUUUUUCUUGGGGUUUGCUGCAGCGCCCCACCACAACGAACAUAGAUGCCAGGCACCGCAACCACAAGGCGCA